CACACCCGGGUUUCAACCCACAGGAUGUGUCUAUAGCCUCCUUUACUCAGCCUAGACUUUAUGACAGACUGAAUUUCACACCCUUUGACAAUACGACUUGGGUCAAAGUUUGGAUCUGCAGGUAAAGGCAGAGCACAUGUCCUUAUUUGGUCAGCGUGUCCGGUGCGUCACCGCUGAGUCUCCGCGCUGCGCAGCCACAACUUUGACAAGUGCGGCGGCUUCAUUUAAUCAACUCAUACAAAUGGAAUAAAGACGACCAUGGAGCUCUUCUGGGGACAUUUAAUCUUCACUAUAGUCGUCAUCACUGACAGAAUUUGGCACGCCACAUGCUUCAACGUCGGCACUGCAGGUGCCAAGAUUUUCAGCGGACCAGCUGCGGAAGAGUUUGGCUACACAGUCCAGCAAGCGACAAACCAUGAAGGCAAAUGGCUCCUGGUUAGUGCCCCAUGGAGUGGCUUCAGUCAAAACAGGAAGGGGGAUGUUUACAAGUGUCCAGUCUCAGGGUCCAGAAACAACUGUGACAAGCUCAAUCUUCAAGAUUCUGUUCAUAUACCAGAUGUUAAAAGUGUCGAUGUCAACAUGUCCCUGGGUUUGACUCUCACCCGGAUGCCUGCAGUGAAUGGUUUGAUGACAUGCGGUCCUCUCUGGGGACAGCGCUGUGGCAAUCAGGACUUCUACCCAGGAAUAUGUGCAAGAAUGAGCCCCCUCUUUCAACCUCAGCCUGCCUUCGCUCCCGCUCUCCAGACAUGUGGAGGGCCUAUGGAUAUUGUGAUUGUAUUGGACGGCUCCAACAGCAUUUAUCCUUGGCAACCAAUGACCGCGUUCCUCACGAAAUUGAUACCAGGGCUUGACAUCGGGCCCAAAAACACGCAGGUCAGCGUCAUUCAGUAUGGCACUACACCCAGGUUUGACCUCAAACUGAACCAGUUUAAAACCAAAGAUGAGGUGAUCGCUGCAACGUCCAAAAUCACACAAAUGUACGGUCAAUCUACCAACACCUUCAGUGCGAUAGAAUUUGCCAGUGAGUGGGGUUUCCAUACAAGUAAUGGCGGCCGACCAGGCGCUGCAAAGGUCAUGGUGGUCGUCACUGAUGGGGAGUCUCACGACGUGUCUAAAAGAGAGGCAGUCCUUGCCAAAUGUGAAAGACAAGGCAUCACCCGCUUUGGUAUCGCUGUCCUGGGUUAUUACAGCAGAAACAACAUCAACACAGACAAACUCAUAGAAGAAAUCAAAUCCAUUGCCAGCUUACCCACAGAGAAGUACUUCUUCAACGUGUCAGAAGAGGCAGCCCUCUCCACCAUUGCCGGAACACUGGGGAACCGCAUCUUCAACAUAGAAGGCACUGGAAAAGGGGAAGACAACUUCAAGAUGGAGAUGUCCCAAGUUGGGUUCAGUGCUCACUACUCCAACACACAGGAUGUGAUGAUGCUGGGAGCAGUGGGAGCCUACGCAUGGAGCGGGACUGUUGUCCAUCAGACCAGGUCAAAAGUGGACAUUCUCCCUUUCUCAGCCUUCGAGGGAACACUUCAAGACAGAAGCCACAGCUCGUUACUGGGUUACUCCGUUACCACACUGAGCGAUGGGUCAGUAGAAUACUUUGUGGCUGGUGCACCUCGCUCUAACCACUCGGGACAAGUUAUCGUCUACACCGUCAACGCCCAGAAGCAAACUGCUAUCAUAGAUUCAGAAAGAGGGAAACAGAUUGGGUCAUACUUUGGAAGUGUCCUCUGCCCCCUGGACGUGGAUAAAGACGGGGUGACGGACCUCCUGCUGGUUGGUGCGCCCAUGUUUAUGAGCGAUCUGAAGAAAGAGGAAGGCAGGGUCUAUGUCUUCUCUGUCACCAAGGGUAUACUGAACGAGCAGGGAUUCCUCAAUGGUCCGCCUCGUACUGAGAACGCACGUUUUGGGAUGGCCAUCUCCGCCGUUCCUGACCUGGACCUCGACGGUUAUAAUGACGUUGUAGUUGGAGCUCCACUAGAAGACAAAGGAAGAGGUGUCAUCUACAUCUACAACGGGGAGAAGAAGGCGUUAAAGAAGCAGUUCUCGCAGAGAAUCCUUGGCUCCAAACUGGAUCCUCGACUGCAGUAUUUUGGAAGAUCCCUAGACAGCUAUCAAGAUCUGAAUGAUGAUACAGUCCCUGACAUCUCCAUUGGUGCAUAUGGAAAAGUGGUGCAGCUCUGGUCCAGAGGUGUGGCGUCUGUCUCAGCCAAAGCUUCUUUCAACCCUGAUAAAAUCAACAUUAUCAACAAACCCUGUGACAUUAAUGGACGCAAGCUGUCGUGUUUCAACACCAACCUCUGUUUCAGUGCUGCGUUCAGGCCCAAGAAGCCUGUUGGACCCAUUGAUAUAUCCUAUACUUUGAAUCUGGACGCUGACUUGCAGGCCUCACGAGUGACAUCAAGAGGGAUGUUUACUAAAACCAACGACCGCUUGCUCACAGGAAAGGCAAAAAUAUCAUCUACACCCUUUUGCCAAGAUUACCAGGUUUAUGUUCAGGAAGCACCAGACUUUAUCAACUCCCUCAGUCUGAAAGUGGAAGUCGAGCAGCAGAAUGCAGAUGCAAACCCUGUGCUCGAUCAGUUUUCUCCAACUGCCUGGGAGUUCUUUAUCCCCUUCACUAAAGACUGCGGCUCUGAUAACGUGUGCGUCAGUGAUCUGGUGCUCAGUGUGAAGACAGACACGAAGGGGACCAGCUCAGAGCCCUACCUGGUCAGCGCAAACAACCGAGAGCUGUCAUUUGAAGUGGUUGUGAAGAACAAAAAGGAGAAUGCAUACAACACUCAGGUCUUGGCCACGUUCUCCGGCACCCUCUACUACUCCUCCGUCUUUCCUCCUACGGAUGGAGUCAAAUGCACCUCAACACAAACACAAACUGUCACCUGCCAAGUGGGAUACCCAGCAUUGAGAAAAGACGAAGAGAUGAAAUUCAGGAUGAAUUUUGAAUACAAUUUUGACCAGUUGGAUAACCAAGCUGAGGUGAAAUUUGAGGCCAAGAGUGACGGUAAAGAGGACAGACCUGCCGACAACAAGGCGGACAUAUCCAUUCCUAUCCGAUAUAAUGCAGGAGUUGGUAUAUCGAGGGAGUCCAAUAUUAAUUUCUACGUGGCGGAUGCUGAUGUUCCCGUGGUAACAACAGUGAAAAGUCUUGAUGAUAUCGGCCCAGAGUUUAACUUCACAGUAGAGGUUUCCACAAGUAACUUCCCAGUCAGCCUCCUGUAUCUGACAAUUGCUCUGCCAGUGGCCACUAAAGGUGGAAAUCCGCUCCUCUACGUGACUGGUGUGGACACACAAACCGGAGGUGCUGUCAGCUGUGACUCCAGCGGCCUGGUUGAUCCUCUGAAGAUCGGAGUGAAGAGCCAUGAAGCGUCUUUCUCAGAGGAGAGUCUCAGAGGCACAGAAACACUGGACUGCAAGAGUGCAAAAUGCGCGUCUAUAAAAUGCAUCCUCAAGGACACUGAACUUCUAAACGACUACUAUGUGAAAGUUAAAACAAGAAUCUGGAGUGGCACAUUUCUGUCGGCCACCUAUCAGACCGUCGAGCUGACCUCCAGUGUUGAUGUUGAGACUUCAAGCCCUGACCUCCUCAUUGUCUCCCCCAAACAGCUGCCAGUGGUGCUGACAGUCAGUAAACCUGGAGAGAAAGGUGAAGUUCCAGUGGGAGUGAUAGUUGGCAGCGUCAUCGGCGGACUGCUGCUGUUAGCUCUGGCUGUUGGACUGCUGUGGAAGUUUGGGUUUUUCAAAAGAAAGUACCAGCAGCUUCUGAGGGAGGGCGAUGAAGACACGCAGAGCCACGCACAUGUGGACGAGGUGUUGUGAGCUGGAGACAAAAACCCACAGCGCUCUCUCUUCACUGGAUUGUUUCCAGUUCUGGUACUUGUCACUGGUUCUUGUAAAGUGCAAAUGGACUUCAGCUCAAUCACUGGACGCUGGGCAUUUUAAUGAAAAGGAAGCUGUUCAGUUUGUGGAAAACUGGGACUCGAUCCUCUGUCCAUUUGACAGAGGCGUAUUCUUAAAAAUAUUUUUUUGAGAGCUUUGUGGACUGUAUCUUGACUAGUUGCUGUUGUGCACUGAUUUUGAUAAAAAUGUAAAAAAAAUAUUUUUUCUCUCAAAAUGUCAGAACCAUAUAAAAUCACAUUUUUUAGGCCUUUAUGACAUGGAUUAGGAUUUUUACACUGUUAAGGCAUCUAAUUUCUGCAUUGCCUUUGGUUUUGAUAAAUUCUGGGCAAUGUGACGGACAAAUAACAUUUUCAGUUGGAAAAAAUAAUAAUUUUGUUUAUAGCUCAUUUGUCAAAACAUUGACGUUUUUAGCUCACACGCUGUAGCCAGUCAGACUGUAGCAUAAACUGAGAUCCACCGUCGCCUCUGGCACUCAGGGCUCCUGUCGCAUUAAUAAUAUGGAUAACAGUUUGUAUGCAACAGGAAACGAUCGCUAUUCUGGAAAGAGUGAAAUCUGUCACUCCUCUGUUUCAUUGUGUUUGUACUGUAUAUACUGAAGAUAAAAUGAUCUUUGAUAUUGGGUUUUA